CCCUGUCCGUGCCAUGCGCACUGACGCUUGUUGUUGUUGAGCUGGUUGUUAUGGCUGGACCAGGCCUCGGACCCAACUGAGAGAGGACCCCCCCCUCCCCGCACCAUCCCGUCUCCGCUACGGGACUCCCGUCACCCAUGGAGGGCACGGACAUGGACGUGGACGCGGAGCUCAUGCAGAAGUUCAGCUGCAUGGGCACCACGGACAAGGACGUCCUCAUCUCGGAGUUUCAGAGGCUGCUGGGCUUCCAGCUCAACCCGGCCGGCUGCGCCUUCUUCCUGGACAUGACCAAUUGGAACCUGCAGGCCGCCAUUGGUGCAUAUUACGACUUUGAAAGUCCCAACGUCAACACGCCAUCCAUGUCCUUCGUGGAGGACGUGACGAUCGGAGAGGGAGAGUCCGUCCCUCCAGACACGCCGUUCACAAAGACCUGGAGAAUACAAAACACGGGUGCAGAGUCAUGGCCUCCAGGGGUUUGUCUCAAGUAUAUCGGCGGGGACCAGUUUGGGCACGUAAACACAGUAAUGGUGAAGUCUUUAGAUCCCCAAGAAAUAUCAGAUGUGAGUGUGCAGAUGCGAAGCCCCACAAAUCCUGGCAUGUACCAGGGCCAGUGGAGGAUGUGCACAGCCACCGGAUUAUUCUACGGAGAUGUAAUCUGGGUGAUCCUUAGCGUAGAAAUCGGCGGUCUCCUCGGCGUGACCCAGCAGCUGUCCUCCUUCGAGACGGAGUUCAACACCCAGCCCCAGCGCAACGUGCAGGGAGACUUCAACCCCUUCGCCUCGCCGCAGAAGAACAAGCAUGACGCCACCGACAACAGUUUCAGAGAUCCCGGGGGAGCGUGGGAACGCACGCAAGAGCCAAUUCAGCAAGAUCAGAAUGGACUGUCUCACAAUGCUGUAAAUAGGGCGUCAAAUGGUCUCCAAACCAAUCUUUCGGUGGUGACUUAUGGGCAGGGUAUUCAUGGACCCUAUCCGUUUGGACAGAGCUAGAAUGACAAAGACCCCCCCCCCCUGCCCAAACCGAACCCUUCCAAGCUGAACGCUGAGCUUGACACCCCGGGAGUCCUUACAUAAAGAGAAGUCUGAGGGGUGGUGGGGGGGAGGAACAGUUAUUUUAUAUUGACUCAUGACCACCCUCUCCCUAAAAAAAAACAAAAACAGAAAAAAAAAAAAAAAACAGCCCACGGCCCUUUCCAGAGAAAC